UUGCUCUCAUUCUUUUUCAAGUUUUUGGACUUCUGGAAAUGAUUUAUUUAUAGCUGAAUUUGAGUUAAAGUUUAAUCAUCUCAUACUUGGGGGGACUUUUUUGGGUUUUCUUUAGCUUCUCUUGUGGUGUGUUUUCUGCAUGAUGUUCAGCUCUAUUGGGUGCUGGGCUCCUUAUAUCUGCUAUUUGGGUUCUGAUAUGUGAAUUUCAGUGGGGGUGUUUGUUGAUGAUCUGGAUUUCAAGUUCUGGGUAUUGAAUUGACUGUUUUUUAGAGUUUGAUCUGAGAUGCCCAUUAUAUCCAAACUUGCUAUUUUGGGUAAUUUUCAGAUUGGUUUUGGUUUUUAUGAAUAUGAGUUCUGUUGCUAACCCAUUCAUUAUAUGAAAAACUGCUGCUUUAGUAUAAUCCUGCUGGUGUGGUGAGGAUCUUUGUGCUGAAUGAAUAUCUGAUGGGUCAGUUUUCAUGAUUGAGCUUAGUGUUUCUCUUGUUCCCUUCAAUGGCUUGGUGGUCAUAUAGAAGGCCCGAAGUGAUGCAGCAUCGAAUGCGUGUGGGUUAGAGCAGUUGGGCUCUGACUAUGGGCAGCCGUUAGGCCCUUGGUUGAGUAUUAGUUGCAACGGUUGAUUGAGAAUCGGAACCAACAUAGGGGGUUAUUCGAAGUGGACCUAGAUGGAUGACGGUGGGCCUCGAGAAAACGGAAGGUACAAACCACCGCCACAUGGUCAGUGGUUGAUGCAGCAUCAGCCAUCGAUGAAGCAGAUAAUGGCGAUCAUGGCUGAAAGAGACGCUGCCAUUCAAGAAAGGAACUUAGCCCUUUCUGAAAAAAAGGCUGCCUUGAACGAGCGGGACAUGGCUAUCCUACAGCGAGAUUCAGCGAUUGCUGAACGAAACAAUGCCAUAAUGGAACGGGACAACGCAAUAGCCACUCUUCAGUACCGCGAAAACUCGAUGAAUACUGGCAGUAUGUCUCCAUCGGCCCAAAGUUGCCAAAUUACCCGCGGAGUGAAACACAUUCAGCAUCCCCAACAGCACGUUCAUCAUCAGCCACAUCUCGGGAAAACAUCGUAUAGCCCGAGGGAUAUGCACUUAAGUGAUGCCAUACCCACGUCUCCAGCUGAUCCCGAGCCUGCUAAGCCCCGGAGGAAUAAACGGGCUAAAGAACCUAAGCCAGCAACGCCUAAAAAGGCUUCAAAACCGUCAAAGAAAGCUAAGAAAGAAGCCGAUGACCUAAACAAGACGAUGUGUGGCAAGAUGCAGGAAUGGAAGGGUACACAAGAAAUUGGCGGGGCUAGUGAUGACCUAAACAGACAAUUAGGCAUGUCGAGGCCAGAUUGGAAGGAUCAGGACCUAGGGCUGAACCAAGUUUCUUUCGACGAAUCAACUAUGCCAGUCCCGGUUUGUUCGUGCACGGGAGUUCUACGACCCUGCUACAAAUGGGGAAACGGCGGGUGGCAAUCCUCGUGCUGUACAACCAAUUUGUCAAUGUAUCCUCUACCCGCUAUUCCUAACAAGCGACACGCCCGCAUUGGUGGUAGAAAAAUGAGCGGGGGCGCAUUUAACAAGCUACUUAGCAGGCUCGCUGCAGAAGGCCACGAUCUCUCAAAUCCAGUCGAUCUGAAGGAACACUGGGCAAAACAUGGAACAAAUCGAUACAUCACCAUCAAAUAAAACUCCGAGCAUCUUGAACCCGCAACAUUACAUCUUAAGGUAUAUGUUUCCUUUGUUCGUUCCAGUUAAACUACUGUGGUGCAUUCGAUAAAACGCCAAAGAACAGGUACCUCUUUGACUACCAUUUAUCAUCACCAACCAAACUUUUAGAUUCUUCAUAAUCAUCUCUCAUUCUGCAUUGUGUAAAACCCCGAGAUAUGUUGAUUUCAAGACUCGAAUUGAAGCCUCUGCCCGAGUAACCGGAGAUAACUGUAAAGCACCUCUGUACUUUGAAUACCUUAAUGCAUUUACCUUAGAUUCCAGUUCAGUGUAAUAUUGGUUGUUUAGCCCUGUUGUUCAUGUUACUAUCUGUAUUCCAGUUCAGUGUAAAGCACCCCCACCCCCAAAUUGUAGUAGAUUCUUGAGGCUUAUUUUAUAAUAAUAUAUAAUUUGGCCAAUAUCUAUAUGGGCUAUGGUGUUCACAUGCCUCUUGUACUCUAUUGUAUAUCAAAAUUGGGUAGUUCACAUCCCCUUUAUAA